AUGACACCUCGAGUUGCUCCUGAUCCAGCCUUCCCCGUCCUCCACACGCCCGAGACGGAGGACUGGACGCUGCAGGUGAGUGCCACGCGACCCUGGGACUCCGGGACCUACAAGUGCCAAGUCAACUCACAUCCCAAGAUCUUCAAAGACGUCAAUCUCAGCGUCAUGGAUAGACGUCGGCUGGACAACAGGCUGUACAGACUGCCUGCAGCUGAUCCUGAACACGGGGAAUACGCCACUCGCAUCGUAGGGGAGUCGUCUCGCUACCUCCAAGCGGGGUCGUCACUAGCGCUAGAAUGUCGUCACCCACACCCACGACCCCCCGCCUGCCCUCCUCUGGUUCCGUCAGCAGCGCCUUCUGGACUACGACUCUCCCAGGGGCGGGAUCGCUAUUAUGCAGGUACAACAGCAGCAUUAGCAUCACUGGAAAAGACGCGGGAAAGGACGACAUCGCGGCUCAUGAUGUCCGCUGUGCAGGUGUCCGAUUCUGGAAAUUACACCUGUGUGCCGAUUCGAGCGCCCCCCGGCAUCUGUGUCCGUGCACGUGACCACAGGUGA